UGUCUAUAUUUAGGAAAUUUGAUUUACCUGAACGUCUACUUAUCUAUCGCCGAUGUCUUUAUUUUGUUUUCCAAAAAGCCAAAUAAUUUUGUAGUUAUUUGACAACAAUGCGUUGGAGUGAAAAUGCUACUUUGGAUUUUGUUAAAAUAUACCUUAAACACGAAUUUCUUUGGAACAACAACCACCCAGAUUAUAAACUGAGACAUAGAAGGGAUAAAGCAUAUCGGGAUAUUUCGUCAGAAUUUAAAUCAUGCACCAAUUUAUCUCUCACAGUCCCCGAGGUUAAGAUGAAAAUUAAGAAUUUAAGAUCAACAUACAUGCAAGAAGUAUACAAAGUAUUAAAAAAAUCUAGUCCCGAUUGGAUGUACAGACCUUCACUAGUUUGGUUUGAGGAUAUGGAUCGAUGUCUAAAAAACACUUCUGUGCGGCGAUAUACAUCUAGUAUACCAGAAGCCCCAGAAGUAGAUUCAUCUUGCCAAAUCUGGGUAAACCAAAUUGAGACGAGUUUGAAGGAAGAGGUUGAUCCAGAUCCUCUUAUACCACACUCUGAUGAAAACUGUGACUCACCAAAACCAGCCAAUUCAAAUGAAAUCAAAGAUGAGUCAGAAUCAUCAACGCCUUGUAAGAAAUUAAAAAAGAAAAAGUUUAAACAUAAAUCAUACAAUUCAGAAUCUCAUGCAAUAACAGAUAAGGAAGAUGAGUUUGAUAUAUUUGGGAAAUAUAUAGCCUCUCAACUCAGAAGUAUGCACUUGCAGAAAGCUCUAAGACUGCAGUUGGAGAUACAUGGGCUGGUAAAUGAAGCGAGAGUGUCGGAGAUUAAUGACAAUUGUUAGUUUUCUCAAGCUCAUUAAUAAAAAUGUUUAGGAAGCAGACAAAAAUAAGAUACCAUUAGCGUUACUGUGAAUUCUUGAAGUAGUACUCAUCCCACACACGACACUGGUAUGAAGACAGAAAAAAGACAAGUAUA